AAAAAGUUGUUUUCUUUUCUGCAAAGCUACGACGCAGGGUUUGAAUGGAUUUUCUCCGACUGACGACUGACAGCAGACUUAGCUAAGAAGCUGGGGAUUACUCCUUGGGCUGGGCUGUGGUGUUAACUGCAUUUUUUAUUUUUAUUUUUUGGUGAGGUGGAAAAACACGGGACGUUUGCCGCUAGUGGAAAUGUACUGCGCGCGGAUACCUGUAAACCGCGUGUUUGUCUUGCAGGAUGGUUACUGUAAACAGCCGUGGGCGUCUCGCGGCCAGCUGUGUAAAUGCUGCUGCGCGGCCUCAACAGAAUUUUGUCAUCUCAUGAUUGCAGCCCUCGGCGUGCGCGAGGACCGGACUGAUCGCCGUCGGGAACAGCUGUCAACUGGUCAGGCGGCUGUUGUUUUUUUCCUGAAAAUCAGUACUAACAGUGGUCCGCUGGCCGUUGACAAACCAUUUGGACUGCUCUUAACAGCUAAUCUUCGCUGAUCUUCAUCUCGGCAGAGCUCCAGUGGUUCUGCACAGCGACUAUAUUCGGAAAACGCUGACGUUUGUGGGCAUCUCGUUGCUUGCUAACUAAAUAGCCUAGUCAAAUUAGGCUAUAACUUUUGCGAAGGGUUCAAACCACCGUGCACCUGUAUAGCGGUGCAAACUCCCGAAUCCACAGUCCGUGCGAAUUAGGCUCUGCUAAAGAAACAUCGUCAGUAGGCUAUGUCUACUCUAGAAACGAGUAAUUGAGAGUGAACUGUGUUACUUGCUGCUUAUGUGCAUCGGUGGCACUGAAGAUGUUUCCUAAAACGAGGAUCAGACGUACAGCUGUGCUUUUUUUCGGGGCCACUGAGGGGGGGAAAGGCGUCGCUCCAUACGGUUGUGAAUGGGAGGGGUUCAAACGGUGCCAGAGUGGGACGGAGUUUAAUCCUCUGGGGUUUUAAUUGUUACAGUUAACCGGACGGGGCGCUUCUACUGCGUCUUGGGCAAAAUUGGCGAUAUGUUCAAAAUGUAAACAUUUAGGUUGUACUGCAUACGAAUUUUGUAUGCGACCUCUGCGAUUUAAAAAUAGUAAAAUAACAAUAAUAACAAUGAUAAUAUUAGUAGUAGUAGCAAUAAUAAUAAUAAUGAUAGAAAAGCUCGAACGGGUAGGCAUUUUGUCAAUUCAGGCUUUAAUUCUUUGACAAAAUCUUUUGACUGAUUCAUUUUCGGCCCUGAGAAAGAAAUGUGGCAUGUUCACUUUUAGAGACAUCGAGAGAAAAAAAGAGUUAAUGAUUGGGUCCGGCAAAAUGUCUUAAUGCAGCAUCCACGCCUGGGACGGGGUACCUCGUGCUAACGUUAUCUACCCUUGUCCCGCCCGUCUUAAGCCCCGCCCUCUCUCCAUAUAUGUCCCCGCCCCUUUCGCUCUGUCAAUAAAAUCCAUUCGUCAAAUGAGAGUGUUCAAGAACUGCAAAUGGAUGGUGCUGCUAUUUUUAGAAACCGAGGAUGGGUGGGGGACAGAGGGAGAGCGUUAGCGCGAGAGCUCCAGGGCUGAUGAGAGGUAGCCCCGCUUCUGUAACGGUCGUCAGCCAGGGACUGGUAUUCGGCGACACAGACAACUGUAAGAUCGUCGCUCGAUACAGCUAAAAAAAUAUAUAUUUAUUUUUUUAAAACCCGGUGCGUUGAGAACGCGCGUCGAGGAGAGGAAGAGAAGGGUACACACGUGCAGACAUGCGUCCGCGGUCCAGGCUCCUGGCCAAGAAGCGCCUGCCCACCAUCCGGGAGGGGCACGAGGAGCUGCUGCAGGACAUGAACCAGGCCAACAGCUGCCACGCCCCGCGGCGCGGCCUGUCCUCCGAGGACUACCUGCUGUCCAUCUGCCAGCUGGCCCGGCCCGCCUUCCCGCUGCGCGAGCCGGACCGCGACAUCCUGACCCUGGGCCAGCUGGAGGCCCUGAAGCCCGGCCGGAGGCCCCCCCGCCUCCCCGCGCCCCCCCGACCCCUGACCCCCACCACCCGCAGCGGCGGCGUCGGCGGCGGAGGCUACCGGGAGGAGGAGGAGGAGAAAGAGAGGGCGGAGCCGCACGCGCUCCCCGGGGGCGUGGCGGCGAGUCAAAGCCGCGGCCGUGGCAACGGUUGCCGGGCGACCCCCGACCCCCUCGAGGUCCUGUACGGGGGUCGCCGGGACGGCCCCGCCUCGUCCACCUGCGUCGCCCGGGACACGGAGGGGAGGCUGAGCGAGGGCGGCGUACCCGAGAAGAGAGGAGCCAGGGGUCCGGGGUCCCGCCCCCUGCCUCGGUCCCAGAGCUUCCCCCGCCUCUGCUCCCCACGCCACGCCCACCGCAAAAGCAGCUGCCCUGAGAUCCGGUUGGCGGACAUGCCCCUUGCCCCUGCCCCUUCAGGCGACCAGCCAACGGGGGGAAGCCCAGGGAAGAAGCCCAGCGUCACCACACUGUCCACUGAGGGUGACCAGGAGAUGACGGGCAGGUGCUCCCCUACUGGACAGAGAGAGAACUGCAGCGGCCCAGCAGACAAACAGUCGAUGAUCUCCAGCUGGAUCGCGGACUGUCGCAAUGCCUGGCAUGAGGCCCGGAUGAGAGCCUGCAUGCUGCCUACCAUCGCUGAGAUAUAAACACACACACACGCUCGCACAUGCACAUACACACACACACGCGCUCGCACAUGCACAUGCACACACUUACACACAGGCUCAUGCACAUACACACACACAUACGCUCGCACAUGCAUAUACACACACACGCGCUCGCACAUGCACAUGCACACACUUACACACAGGCACGUGCACAUACAC